UCCAACUCUCUCUCUAUCUCUCUCUUUAAGCCUCAGAGAGAACUUCAAUGGCGGCGAUUGAUCUCUAAUAAGAUGCAGUCUGCAGUAACAAGAUCAGAGAAUCGUGGGAGAAAACGAAGAAGGAAUGACGUUCAAGAUGCUAUGGUGGAUCGACAAACAAAGAAGCAGAUGGUUGGGACAAGGUUGAAGGCGUUGGUGGGAAGAUAUGUGAAGAAAGAGUUUGAGGGCAGUGGGGUUUUUCUUGGGAAGAUUGUAUACUACGAUAGUGGAUUGUAUAGGGUUGAUUAUGAAGACGGGGACUGUGAGGAUUUGGAAUGUGGCGAAGUAAAGGAGUUCCUUAUCGAGAAUGUUGAUUUAGAUAGUGAUUGGAUUGAGAGGAAGAAGAAGUUAGAUGAUUUAGUAUUGAAAAGAAGUGUAAAGGUGAAUGAAAUAUUGCCAGGGAAUGUGGUGGAUUCGGAGACUGCUGUGGAUAGGGUUGAAGCAUCUUUGUUGAGUGAGACUAGUAACAGUGGUGCUAACGGAAUUGAUGGAGUUCAAGUUGAUGAUGAUACCGAAUCACUUGAUUCAUGUGAGUAUUCUCAAGAUCAGAAUACUGGCUUCAAGGUCGAGGUUGCACUGGUCCCGCCACCGAAGUUGCCUCCUUCUUCCAGAAAUAUUGGUGUCCCGGAGGAGUGUGUUUCGCACCUUCUAUCUGUGUACAGUUUCUUGCGCUCAUUUAGUAUCCGGCUGUUUUUGAGUCCCUUUGGACUUGAUGAUUUUGUGGGAUCACUUAAAUGUCCUGUCCCAAACACACUGUUAGAUGCUAUUCAUGUUGCUCUCAUGCGUGCACUGAGGCGUCAUCUUGAAACUCUUUCUUCAGAUGGUUCUGAACUUGCAUCAAAAUGCCUGAGGUGCAGUGAUUGGAGCUUGCUUGAUACUAUGACUUGGCCAGUUUACUUGGUCCAAUAUGUAAUGUUAAUGGGGUAUACGAAAGGACCUGAGUGGAAAGGAUUUUAUAUUGAUGUUUCAGAGAGGGAUUAUUACAACUUAUCUGUGGAUAGGAAGUUGGUAAUUCUGCAAAUUAUGUGUGAUGAUGUUUUAGAAUCUGCAGAGCUAAGAGCAGAAAUUGACAUGCGCGAGGAAGUGGAAGUUGGAGUAGAUUCUGAUGCAAUUACAGUUGUUCCUGAAAGUGGGCCGAGAAGGGUCCAUCCUAGACACUCUAAAACUUCUGCUUGCAAAGACCGAGAAGCUAUGGAGAUCAUUGCAGAAAGCCAUGAGACUAAGUUUCCUUGUAGCUUGACUUCUUCAGGUUGUAAACAUAGUGAACCAUGUGCAAGUGAUGAUCUUGAUCAGGAUGGUAAUAGUGAUGAAUGCCGGCUUUGUGGCAUGGAUGGGACUUUGCUUUGUUGCGAUGGGUGUCCUUCAGCUUACCAUUCGAGAUGUAUAGGUGUGACCAAAUUGAUUAUACCAGAAGGGGCAUGGUAUUGUCAUGAGUGUACAAUUAAUAAGAUUGGGCCAACAUUUACAAAAGGAAUGUCAUUAAAAGGAGCAGAAAUUUUCGGUGUCGAUUUAUAUGAGCAAGUCUUUCUAGCAACUUGCAAUCAUUUGCUGGUGCUACAGAGUUCAGUCAACUCAGAACCAUGUCUCAGGUACUACAAUCAGAAUGACAUUCCAGGUGUCCUGCAGGCACUUCAUUCAUCUACGGAGCAUAUUGCUUUGUACUCAGGGAUAUGCAAGGGAAUUUCACAAUAUUGGAAAAUUCCAGAAAAUGUGUUCUUUCUUCCUGGAACAUUUGAAUUGGGUAUGGGCCUAGUGAGCAAAAAGGAAAAUGAUGAGUACUCUACUCCAUCACUUGCUCUGUCGGGUAAGGAAGGUCAUAAAGUUGUAGAUUUGCUCGAGAGUGAGAAUUUUGCAAGUUGUGUAACUGAAAAUAGUGCAGGAAAUGUGGCAGUUUCAUGUUUAACAAAUUGUUGUAAGCAACCUGCGGUUAAGAACACCUCCUUGGAUGCAACCAACCAAUCUGUACAUCCCCUUCAGCAGAGGAGUUGUGAUUCUACAACAAAACAAGUUUGUCCUUUAACGGAUACCAAGUCCUCUAAGCUGAUGAAGGUGGAAUCUUCCAUGUCUGCAGGUUCAGUUAGCCAGCUGGCUGGUCCAUCUGACUUAUUCUAUCGAACCUUGACUGACAACCAGAGUAACAGCGGACAUGUGAAUGGUAUGCAUGUCGUAGAAAAUAUGUCUUUGCAGAGGAAAGAAGGCAAUGAUCGAGUUAGUGGAAGAUGUGACAGUAAUUCAGCCGAUUACUUUUACAUGGGUUCAUUGUUUAAACCUCAGGGGUACACGAAUCACUAUGCCCAUGGAGAUUUUGCUGCAUCUGCCGCUGCCAAUCUGGCUACUAUUUUAUCAGGGAAACAUGGGUUUUCUGAGUCUAAUGUUUCAGACAAUCCUAGGAAAGUCAUGUCUGUAAAUGUCUCACUUCAAAUAAAAGCAUUCUCAUCAGCAGCCAUACGUUUUUUUUGGCCAAAUUCUGAAAAGAAGCUUGUGGAAGUCCCGAGGGAAAGGUGUGGUUGGUGUCUAUCUUGCAAGGCCCCUUCUUCAAGCAAGAGAGGAUGCUUGUUAAAUGCAGCUGCCUCAAAUGCCAUUAAAGGUGCUUUGAAGGUACUCAAUGGCCUUCUUCGUUCUGUGAAGAAUAGAGAGGGAAGUCUUCCUAGCAUUGCAACAUAUGUCAUGUUUAUGGAGGAGAGUUUACGUGGUUUGACAGUUGGUCCAUUCCUAAAUGCAACUUAUAGAAGACAAUGGCGUAAACAAGUAGAACAGGCUACAACCUGCAAUGCUUUAAAGACUCUCUUGCUCGAACUUGAGGGAAACAUCCGCGUUAUUGCUCUUUCUGGGGAUUGGGUUAGGCUUGUGGAUAAUUGGUCAGCUGAAUCUUCUGUCACCCGUAGUGCUGCAUGUGCUGUUGGAUCAACUCAGAAACGUGGACCUGGGGGGAAGCGAGGUAGGAAACGGUCUUCUGUCUCUGAAGUCACAACUGACAAUUCCCCUGACAAUUCAAGGGACUUCAUCUGGUGGCGGGGAGGAAUAUUAUCAAAACUUAUAUACCAGAAAGGGAUUUUACCGCGCUCUAUGGUUAAGAAAGCAGCUCGCCAAGGUGCAUUUAGAAAGAUAUCUGGUAUAUAUUAUGCUGAAGGUUCUGAGGUCCCUAAAAGAAGCAGGCAAUAUGUUUGGAGAACUGCAGUUGAAAUGAGCAAAAAUGUAUCACAGCUUGCGCUUCAGGUCAGGUACCUAGACCUUCAUGUAAGAUGGAGUGAUCUAGUUCGUUCCGAGCAGAACCUUCAGGAUGGAAAAGGACCAGAGACAGAAGCUCCUGCAUUCGCAGAUGCUUUCAUUUGUGAUAAGAAAAUUGUGGAAAACAAAAUUAGAUAUGGAGUUUCUUUUGGGAAUCAAAAGCAUCUCUCCUCGCGCAUUAUGAAAGCAAUCAUAGAAACAGAGCAAAGCCAUGACGGAAAGGACAAAUAUUGGUUUUCUGAGACAUGCAUCCCCCUAUAUUUGAUCAAAGAGUAUGAAGAAAAUAUAGACACGAUGUUUUUGCCAUUGGCUGACAAGCGUAUGAAUGGUUUGUCUAAGUUACAAAGGCAGCUGAAAGCUUCGCGUAAGGAUAUAUUCUCUUAUCUGUCACGUAAGAGAGAUAGUUUGGGCAAGUGCUCUUGUGCUUCGUGCCAACUGGAUGUUUUGUUUGGGAAUGCAAUCAAGUGCAGUUCAUGCCAAGGUUACUGUCAUGAGCUAUGCACCAUAAGUUCAACAAUUCACAUGAAUGAGGAAGUUGAGUUCAUAGUCACCUGCAAGCAGUGCCACCACACCAGAGCUUUCACUGAAAGUGAAAGUCGUAAUGAAUCGCCAACUAGUCCCCUGCUCUUGAAAGGCCAAGAAUUUCAGAAUGCAGCAACAGUCACUAAAAGUGCUAGGGCAAAAGUUCAUCAUCAGCGAUUAACAGCUGUUGGGACUUUGGAGAGUUCUUCCAAAAUUAAACCAGCCACUCAUAAUUCCACUGUGGCAACAAAAAACCGUCGGGCGAAAUGCUCUUGGGGUCUGAUAUGGAAGAAGCCGAAUGUUGAAGAUAAUGGCCCCGAUUUCAGAUUAAAAAAUAUACUUUUAAAGGGCAAUCCAAAUACAAGUUGGUCAGGACCUAAAUGUCACCUGUGCCAUGAACCUUAUAAUCCUGAUCUGAUGUAUAUUCAUUGUGAAACAUGCAAAAAUUGGUAUCAUGCUGAAGCUCUUGAACUUGAGGAGUCAAAAAUUUUUAAGCUUGUGGGGUUCAAAUGUUGCAAGUGUCGUAGGAUAAAAUCACCUGUAUGUCCUUACAUGGAUCCCACAAGCAAGAAACUGUCAGAAGGCAAGAAGCCCCACUCAAGGGCUCCAGUGGUAGGACUUCCUGGAAUGGACCCUGAUACUGGAGCCAUUUAUGGACAACUGAAAGGUGGGGAACCCACUACACCUAUGCCACCCGCAAAGGAGGAACUCGUGCAUGUACAGGAAGAUGAUCCUCUUCUUUUUGCUCUCUCAAGUGUUGAGCAAUUUAUGGAGAACAAUUCAGAAAUGGAUUCUGAAUGGAGUACUACUACUUCUGGGCAUGGUCCUCGGAAACUACCAGUUAGAAGGCAUAUGAAACGUGAAAAUGGUGUGAAUGAUUUUUCAGCAAAUAAAACUUUUCAUGUUGAAUUAUCUGCACCGCUUGAAGCAAACAGCCUCUCGAAUCCUACAAAGGAACCAUUCUCUUCUCAUGUGGAAUGGGAUGUUUAUUCCAAUAACUUUGAAGAUGAUGUGAUGUUCAACUAUAAUUACGAGGAUAUGGAGUUUGAACCCCAGACCUACUUCUCAAUUACAGAGUUGCUGGCAUCAGAUAAUGGUGACCAGUUGGAUGGAGAUGAUGCAUCUGGGGAUGUAACAAGGAAUUUGGACUCUGCACUUUCAGGGGAUGGAAAUACUGAGCACUAUGCAUUGAGCACUUCUACUGAUCUGCAAGAACCUACAAUUUCUGUAGAACCUGCUGGAGUUAACGAGCCUUGUAGGAAAUGUUCCCACACGGAGCCAUCUCCUGAUAUUUCUUGCCAGAUUUGGGUUAUAAAAAACAGCCAGUUUUCACCAUGGGUUAACCGGUUGUCUUUGGAGUGGCAGCUGGAACUGUUGACUGCUGUGCAAGUGGAUGUAAUUGAUAUUUUUUGUUCAGCUUUUGGACUUCUUUUUGCCGUUUCAGGUUCAAAGGAAAGUUUGUAAUGUUUGUGGUGAAAUGGACCACACUUGAUAAUCUUUUGAAGUGAAAAGAGACUUGCAAAUUGAGAAUGCAGUACCUAGAAAAAAGAUGAGUGGCAGGUUAACUGGUGAUGUCUUUACUUGGAGAAGAAUUCGUCUGAGGUCCAUGGUGAACUUGAUCUAAGCAUGUUGUACUGUACGGCAAUUCAAUGGGCUCCCUCGGUUGAUGUUGAUCACUUUUGUUGACAUGGCGGUGCUGCUCUUUGCAAGGUUCUCCCUUUGUUGAUAGAUUCCAUUUUUUCUCCUUCCAAACCUUGGUUAUCUUUAGUUUGCCAGUCUAUUCAUUGAUCAGUGGUCGGGGGUUAGUAUCAUUUUUGAAGCUGUGAAAUUUCUGUGACCUUGGAUAAGCAAUUUUUUUUGGUUCUUAUCCGAUUGUUUUGUUUCUAUAAAACGGACUCCCAACAGAAUUUCUUUUGAGAUGAGUAAGGACUCGAACAUCUUUUGAUUGUUUGAAAGUGUGCUUGCCUCUAUCUUCGUUGAAUGUUGCCAUCUUCUGGCAAUGUGCUGCUAGCAGUAGUAUUCUUUGCGGUGAUAGCAUACGAAAUACCAUCUCUAGAAUUAAAUUUGGAUUUUGGACUUGGAACAAAUGCUGCAGGUUGCAGCAAAAUCAGGGGUUUGAUGUAAUUUAUAGGGUUUUGAUAAAUGAAGCCUGCAAUUGUUGAAGAGCUGUCGUGUCGUCAAUACUUGGAAUGUUGUAAAACUGAAGUUUGACACUACUAUAUUUUUAUUUCUGUAGUGUUAAUUAGAUUAGAAAACCGGACUGAUGGGUUCUCUCCUAUUUAGAGCUCAAUUUUGAUGCAAGGGAAUAUGUACUUUUUAGAGUUGAUUUUUCUC